AUGGCGCGUGGAAAAGCUACGAUGAAGAAAACGAGUGAAAGAAAAGAAAAUGAAAAUCCAUGUGGUUCAAAUGUUAACAGCAAUGAUGUUGAUACAACAAAUAAUUUAACUAAAGUUGGUAAAAAAAGAUUUAUUGAUUGUCUGUAUUCGAAUUGUACUGAUAUUGAUAAGGAUAUUGAAAUAUCCGAUUUGAAAAAGAAAUGUUUUGGUCUUGAACAACGUUUGGAGAUUGUGGAAAAAAAUUGUUCGUUUAUUUUACAACAUAUGACAAAUUUUCAAGACUUAUUCAAUGAUGUGUUACAAAAUUCUAAUAAUGAAAAUGAUAUUAUUAUGUUGCCGAACAAUGCUAUAGUGACAACUAAUAAUGAUAAUGUUAUUAGUUUAACUGAAAAUAUUGUUCCAACAAACAAUACUGAUCUUUAUAUAACGAAUAAUAGUGUUAAUCUAAUGAAUAAUGCUAAAGCUAUUGGUUCAAAUGAAAAUAUUGUUUCUACGAACAAUACUGAUCUUAUUACAGCGA